AUGGAGGAGGACAACAAAUACACGUCCAAACUGUCGCCCACUGUGGACUACUGGGCCGGCAUGUACCUAGUGGUGAUAGCGGUGCUGUCGGUCCUGGGUAAUGCUGCGGUCCUGGUGACCUCAGCACUCCGGCCAACUCACCUCAAGGCCCCGGAGCUCCUGACAGUCAACCUGGCGGUGACAGACAUAGGCAUGGCUCUCAGCAUGUACCCCCUGUCCAUCGCCUCACUCUUCAACCACGCCUGGAUUGGAGGGGACUCCUCCUGCCUGUACUAUGGCCUGAUGGGGAUGAUCUUCAGCACGGCCAGCAUCAUGACCCUGGCUGUCAUGGGUCUGGUACGAUACCUGGUGACAGGAAACCCACCCAGAACAGGCAACAAGUUCCAGCAUCGGACCAUCACCAUGGUGAUCAGUUUGAUCUGGCUGUACUCUGGGCUGUGGGCUGUAUUCCCUCUCCUGGGCUGGGGCGGCUACGGACCGGAGCCCUUCGGAGUGGCCUGCUCCGUGGACUGGGCAAGCUACCAAGACUCCCUGAACCACUCUACCUUCAUCAUGUCUCUGUCUAUCUUCUGUACCUUCAUCCCCUGCCUCGUCAUCCUCUUCUCCUAUUCCGGCAUAGCCUGGAAACUCCACAAGGCAUACCAGUCCAUCCAGAAUGGAAACUUCAACUACGGACACAUUGAGAGGAAAGUCACUCUGAUGGCGGUGUUGAUCAGCUCAGGGUUCAUCGUGGCUUGGUCUCCGUACGUGGUGCUCAGCUUUUGGUAUAUGUUCCAGGGGAAGGCCAGUCUGGCCCCGCUGGUCUCCCUGCUGCCCUGCCUGUUCGCUAAGGGCUCCACGGCCUACAACCCUUUUAUCUACUACAUCUUCAGACGCUCCUUUAGACGCCAGCUCCGCCAGCUCCGGGGGCUGAUCUGUUGCUCUGCCCAGCCAGACACACCUUCGCGUGGGGAGACGGGAGAGGAGGGCAGACAGACUUUGAGGUCUGACCUACGACAGAGUCUCCCGGAAGAGAAGAGUGGAGCUCCUCUGGUAGGGGAGUUGGGAACUACGGCGCUGGAGAUACAGUCUGAGAAUGAGUUGACAAGCUCCUGUUAA